AUGGCGAACGCAUCUGCAAAGCGCAUAGCCGGACAAAAUGAUGCGACAAUCAAGACGCUAAGGCUGGGAAUGAUUCUCCCAACCAUACUCUCUCUGCUCCUCCGCCUCAUCUUCCGCAGGAGCUCGCUGCCGCCAUCCAAAAGCUCUCUUGCUUUAUAUAUUGCGACGUUCAUGCCCUCGUUCUUUCUUUCAAACUACCUCGUCCGAAUCGGUUCUCCGAGGCGCGACCCCACGACGGGGACGUUAAUGACUUACGGCGAGGACCUGAGCCAGCAAGGCAUCACAGAAUGGUGCUUUGAUAUCAUAUACAUCACUUGGGCUUGCCAGAUUGGUAGUGGUGCUUUUGGUGAAUGGGUAUGGUGGUUUUACCUCGUGAUCCCCCUGUAUGCGGUGUACAAGCUAUGGUCGUCACUCAUCUCCCCAAUGCUUCUCGGUCGAGGAGCAGCACCGGCGUCCGCGGAGGACACGCCCACAGAGUCCGUUAGCAAGCGUCAAGAUAAACUACGCAAGCGACAAGAACGGGGUGACCCACGGGUCCAGGCUCGGUCUGUUAGAAAGUGA